UCGAUUUUUGUUCCAUCUCUAACCGCGUCACUUUUCGAUUUAAAAUAAUUGAAAACGUAAAUUUGAGCAUGCAAAUCGAACCAAAUUGUGAUAAAAACUAGGAAACGCAGGCCAAAAAAGCAGUUACAGAGGUAGUCACUUAACCAGCAUUCGAGAGCACCUGGAAUUUUGAGAUCGCAAGAAGCCGCCUUCGCCGGUUCAAAAAAAAAGAGACGCCGAGUUUCGCAGCGCGCACUCCGCAUUCCAUUGGUGGAUAAUUCCGCGAAAUACCAGCAGGCACAGGCAGGAUGAGCAAGGACAUCUACUACUCGGACAAGUACUACGACGAGCAGUUCGAGUACAGACAUGUGGUUUUGCCGAAGGAGCUGGUGAAAAUGGUGCCCAAGACGCAUCUGAUGACGGAGGCCGAGUGGCGGUCCAUUGGUGUGCAGCAGUCGCGCGGAUGGAUCCACUACAUGAUCCACAAACCAGAGCCCCACAUCCUGCUCUUUCGGCGCCCCAAAACGGAUUAGCCGGUAGCAACAACAACUGCAGCAGGGGCCCUCGCCGAUUCACAUACCCCUAAACUCCCAAUGUAGCCUGUAGCACAUACCUAUAUAUCCGGCAGCUGCUGCCGAUAUUCUGUAUUGGCGGUGGUGGUGGUUGCUGCGGAAUAACCAACUGUUGCACAAACAUCCACAACAACAUCAUCAUCAUCAUAGGUACUCAUGCACGAAUCACCUAGAAACUACUUUUUGUGCUGUGUGCUUCGUAAUACACAUUUUAAAUAUGUUUUCCCCGCUAUAAACUGUCCUUACCUCCUACCUAUAAAUGUAGCACCUAGAGCUAAUGCUAAGUUUGCCAUUUUCACACACCUUAGUCCUGGGGAAUGGGAGUAUUCCAUAUUCAUUCCUCGUUCUCACGCGCAUUUUACCAUAUUUUAUGUUGCCAUUUCGAAACGGAAGCGAAAGAAGAUUUUGCUCACUUUUUAUAAGCUUAAAUGAAAUCUGAUUUGUGAUCUUGAAAUUCUUAAUCAAUAAUACAUAUGUUUACACAUAAUAUAAUGAACUUAAAAUAAAUAUGUUUAAUGUAUGGAGAAGCUUGAGGCGUUGAUUGCUUGAAGUUUUCCCAAAUCGAAAAA